AUGUUGUUCUUGUUCUUUCUUAUAGAUGUCGUCCACUGCGGUCCCGUGAUCAAGCCAGACGAGAAACCUAUAGAUCUAAACAUCCGGUGGGCGGGGCUCUUCUUAGCUGUACACAAAUACUAUGAGGUGGACAAGAGAAAAGGCAACGAGCAAUCUUGGGGGUUCGAAGACAGGGUAUUUUUCAAGCACUUUCCCCUGCCCCGCCUGAAGAAGCUCCACCCUGCAUUGGCCGAAGCCUGUGACAAGGGACUGGACGGCUGCGUGUAUGAAAUAGCCCGUAGAGCCAAGGGCAGCUACUCUCUGCGUGAUGUGCUGGGUAUCAACCUCCCCGAAGACGCAACCAUUUGGUACCCUUUUAAAACAGCGCUCGAGCUGUUUCAGUUUAGGACGACUGGCAGCUACUACAUGUGCUGGUACACGCUACAGAAGGUGCAGGGUUUAAAGAACUACAUGAGGGGUCAACCGUGUCUCACUGACCUGGAGAAGUCUCGAGAAAGUCAGGGAAUGGAUUACAAGGUCAACGACUUCAGGAAAGAUUCGGACGACGCUCCGUUUCUUUGCGCGGAGAUCCAGUUUUGUCCAGAUCCAUGUUACGGCAGAAAGACAGAAGGCUCAGUUGUAUCAGAUCACAGCAUGAAAACCGAUAAAGGAAAUCCAUGUCGUAAUCUUAAGAAUCCCACAUGUAGUUGGGCAUCAGAAAAAAAUCAGGACUUUGAUGGUCUGCAGAAAAAUCUCUUCAACAUCACCUGCCACUGUGAGAAGUCUGGCUUUGAGUGGAACUCGAGGUUCGAACUGUGUGUUGACAUUGACGAAUGUCGGGACGGGACAACCAGGUGCCACAAUGGACGCGUCUGUCAAAACACACCUGGUGGCUUUGAAUGCACGUGCAGGAAAGGCUAUAAAUUUGACCCACACGCCAACACGUGCAUUGAGCACAUUCCGUUACCUGCUCACAGCUACAGACACACGGGAAGGGUCAAGGCUAUUCGACAAAAUAUGGAACGCAAAUCAGGAUUUACAUCAGACUGUAUAUCAGAUAUGGAACGCAAAUCAGGAUUUACAUCAAACUGUAUAUCAGAUAUGGAACGCAAAUCAGGAUUUACAUCAGACUGUAUAUCAGAUAUGGAACGCAAAUCAGGAUUUACAUCAGACUGUAUAUCAGAUAUGGAACGUUAA